AUUUCUUUUAUCCGUUACUACUCUUAUUCUGUUUAUGUAGAAUAGUCAGCCACAGUACGCUUGCAAUCUUGUCACUCAUUGCUCGCUGUGUUAUGCAUAAUUCUUUGUGUCGUGCUCCAUUCUCGCCUUAUUUCAACGUCUUGUCACUUUCCCUUACUAAAUUUAAGCCCAUUGGUGACCUCACGGCAUGCUGUUCUUCGAGAGCGCUGGUCCUCAAGAUUGAACUCAUUGUCUGCUUUUGCCGUCCCGGGAUAGCGCCCUUUCAAUAGCUUGACUGUGCUGAAGUAGUUUCCAGCAGUCAUGGCCGAGGUGCCAUUACAGUCCCAUCUCGACUUUAUCAAACAAAGAGAAGAGAAGUUCAAGCUUUUACUUCACCAAGGUGCUUUUUCCCCUUUCCUCCUACAACAUGCAUUUGGUAUCCUUCUUCUCCCUGUCAUACCGCUCGUUAUUCGUUCUACGAGUACCUUCCAGUCGAAACUUAUCCGGUAUGGAUUCCACGCAAUAAUCACUUGUUUUAGCCUUUAUACGAUUCUUUAUGUGCGAUUUAUUGGCCCCGGGAACGGAUAUGGCCUUGGCUUGAUGACGAUAUGGCUCUAUAUAUGGAGUUUGACAACCCUGAUUUUCAAUGACGUGCAAAGAGACUUUAGAAGAAUCGAAAAGGAAUAUGUGGACUUGAAGAUGGUGCCCUUACAUGGUUCCCCCAGAGUCGUCGGGCUAAGUGAGUUUCAUUAUACAGCAGAUCACUCUCCCAGGAGCCAUAAAGCAAACAAUAUGAGCAGAUGCAAAAUCUACCGAUGGCAAUCUUUCCCUGAUUCAUUACCGCAUCGUGUUGAAUGGGUAUUGGAUCUCAUAUUUAAUCUUCGCGGCCCUAAUUGGAAUUGGUGUAUCCGGUCAUUGCUGCCUUUCCCUGCAGAUGUGAUCAAAGAUAUUGGGGAACACGGAUCCUCUCCACACAAAAAGACAUCAAAGCCAAUUAUUGAGGAAUCCUCGGCAAAACUGCGACACACAGCCUUUUCUUUCUUACGAACCUACGUUGCUUUGGAUUUUCUGAAGGUUGUUAUGAUGAGGGAUCCAUAUUUCUGGGGCUUUGUGGACAACCCCCUUCCGGCACCAUGGCCAUUCAGCAUAUUAGCAUUCUCUUCAGCAUUGAUCCGCAUAUAUCGAUUGUUAAUCAGCAUGAUGGGCGCCUUCUUUGCUCUUAAAUAUAUUGUGUCCUUAGGCUCUCUAUUCUUCCUAGGACUCUCACUUGCCUUUCCGCGCUUUUCCAGAACCAUCACCCACCAACCUCUUGACGAGGCAUGGCUAUACCCCCCAGCGUUUGGACCGGCAAUAUCUGCUUUAGAUUACGGUCUAAUUGGAGCCUGGAAUAUCUGGUGGCAUCAGUUAUUCCGAUUUGGAUUUUCGGAGAGCGCUCGGUUUUUUUCAAACCUAAUCCUACCAAACCCGCCGAAGAAGCGUCUUCCCUCUUACUAUUCUAUAGCUCGACGGUUGAUUCAGGUCAUGGUUGCAUUUUCAAUGAGCGGUUUGGUCCACGCUAUGGGUAGUUACACCGCGUUUGCGGACACAAAGCCUUUCAACGCUUUUCUCUUCUUUGUAUUACAAGGUAUUGGUGUUCUAGUACAAGGACUCUUGGCCUACUGUCUAUCACCACUCAUACGACAAAUCAGACCAUCGCGACUGCUCAUACGGAUCACAAAUCUGAAUAUUCUAAUCGUGUGGUUCUAUUAUACUGCCCCAUUACUCGCCGAUGAUUUCUCACGAUGUGGUCUUUGGAUGCUUGAACCAAUCCCCAUUAGUCCGGUCCGUGGUGCAUUGGGCUGGGGGAUUGAAGAGGAAGGAUGGUUUUGCUGGAGAGGUUCGUGGUUUGAGUGGUGGUCGGGUGAGACGUGGUGGCAAAGCGGUAUACGAUUCACUUGAAGUGCAUUUUCAGUUGACCUGCAGUGUUUUAUUGCAACGGAUAGAGAGGUAUAAUAUACAGUCAUGAAUAAUGACACAAUGUAUCUAGUAUCAACGCCGAUAUUGUUUUUAUAG